AUGAGCUACCAGACGUCUCCAUCGUCUAUUUUCUCCCCGUCCUCUCUUUCCUCUGCAAUUAUCGCUCCCUCCUCUCUCGUCCGUGCAUCGCUACCCCGUUCCUCUCCCCUUCUGCGUCAGCUCAAUCUAAACUCGUCCGCCACUCGCUCCCAUGCUGCAACCUCCGUGUUUCACGGCGCGUUUGACGGCCUGCACCGUCAGAAGCUCCCCAGCAACCCCUCCUCCUCCUCUCUUUCUCACUCCGCGGCCUUCCACGAAGCUGCGGACCGUCAUAUUCAGGCUCCAUCUCUCCCUGCGAGCGCCGCCUCCGACGCCGCUUCUUGCGGCCGGCGCGCGGUCGUGACAGCGGUAUUCGAGCGUUUCACGGAGCGGGCGAUUAAAGCCGUGAUGAUGGCUCAAGCGGAAGCUAAGGUGCUCGGGCGAAAAGAGGUCGCGACGGAGCAGCUUUUACUCGGCCUAAUUGCGGAGGAUUUCGCGAGCGGCGGGAAACCCGGCGGUUAUCUCGGCUUGGGGAUGACUAUCCGCAGCGCGCGGGGCGCCGUCGGAGAAUUAAUUCGAGACGGUCGGCUGCCAGCCGCGGGGGGUCUCCCGGCCGGCAAGCCGGCGUCGGAGGUGCCGUUUUCGAGCGGCAGCAAGCGGGUGUUUGAGAAGGCGCUGGAAGAAUCGCGGAAGCAUCGUCAUAACUUCAUCGCACCGGAACAUCUGGCGGUGGCGCUGGUGCAAGUGGAACAGGAAGGAGCAGCGUUGGUGAUGGCGAGCCUGGGAGUGCAGCAGCAUCGCCUGCACGAGGCAGCGUUGGCGCGCCUCAAAGGCGAGCUGGACGGGGACGGGCGCUCCUCGGAAUCGAUCACCAACCCUUCCUCGCGGCCCUCCGCCAGCCCCAGCAGCAGCAAACCCGCCAGCUCGCCAGUGCGCAAGGGGCGUGGGAAGAAAGCAGCGCAGCAGAGCGCGUUGGAGCAGUUCUGCACGGAUCUGACGGCCAUGGCGGUGCAGGGAGGGAUCGACCCUGUGAUUGGCCGAGAGGCGGAGGUCGCUCGGGUGGUGCAGAUCCUUGCUCGUCGCACCAAGAACAACCCGCUGCUGCUGGGGGAGCCAGGGGUGGGCAAGACGGCCAUAGCAGAGGGCCUGGCGCUUAGGAUAGCAGAGAACGACGUGCCACCGUUCCUACAGGGCAAACGGCUUCUAUCCUUGGACAUGGGGAGGGUGAUGGCAGGAGCCAAGGAGAGAGGGGAGUUAGAAUUGAGGGUGACUUCUUUGGUGGCAGAGGCGGUGGCAGCAGCGGGGGAGGUGAUUCUGGUGAUAGACGAGGUGCACACGAUGGUGGGAGCUGGCGCCGUGGGGAGGGGCAGGGACGGUGGAGGGUCAGGACUGGACAUCUCGAAUCUGCUCAAGCCUGCUCUGUCCCGAGGGCAGAUUCAGUGCAUCGCCACCACCACCACCAGUGAGUUCCGCAAGCACCUUGAGAAGGACAAGGCACUGGCCAGGCGCUUUCAACCGGUGACGGUGGAGGAACCUUCAGAGGAAGCUGCCUUAGAAAUCCUACACGGUCUGAGGCACCUAUAUGAGGCUCACCACAAGUGUGUUCUCUCCGACUCCGCCCUGGCAGCAGCAGUCACCCUCUCUGCGCGCUUCAUCCCCGACCGCUGCCUGCCUGACAAGGCAAUUGACUUGAUAGACGAGGCGGCCAGUAGGAGCAGGGUGGAGGGUAGCAAGGGGAGGAGGAGGCGGGCGAGUGGGGUGCUGGAGAGGGGCGCGGAGGAGUACUGGCGGGAGAUUCGCAUGGCGCAGGCUGCACACGAAGCGGCCCAUGCGCGCCAGAACCCCUUCACCUCACUCACCUCCUUCCUCUCGCAAGACAAUCACGGCCACGUUGCCGACACCACCACCGCUGCUGACGCCGCCGCUGCUGCUGGUCGGUCCAGGAGUGGCAUCACCGGCAGGAGUGACAAGGACGACAGCCCCACGCACAUCACAGCAGAGCACAUAGCAGCAGUGGCCGCCCACUGGACGGGCAUCCCCCUGCAGCAGCUCUCGCUCUCCGACCAGCAGCACCUGGCAGGGCUGGAAGAGGCGCUGGAGACGCGCGUGGUGGGGCAGGGGCAAGCUGUGAGGGUGAUAGCACGCGCGGUGCAGAGGGCGAGGGUGGGGCUGAAGGGGGAGGGGAGGCCGGUUGCGGCUCUGCUGUUCUCGGGGCCGACUGGGGUGGGGAAGACGGAAUUGUGCAAGGCACUGGCAGCUCACUACUAUGGAUCGGAGGAUUCCUUGAUUCGUCUCGAUAUGAGCGAGUACAUGGAGCGCCACGCUGUCAGCAAGCUGAUUGGAGCGCCGCCCGGCUAUGUGGGGUACGGCGAGGGCGGCAAGCUCACGGAGGCCGUCCGCAGGCGGCCGUUUUGUCUUAUUCUCCUGGACGAGAUUGAGAAGGCGCACCCGGACGUCUUUAAUCUCCUGCUGCAGAUAUUCGAAGACGGACGACUGACCGAUUCGCAGGGCCGCCACGUGUCGUUCAAGAACGCCCUGAUAGUCCUGACCUCCAAUGUGGGCUCUCAGGCCAUUGCGAGAGGCGGCACCCACCGCAUCGGCUUCCUCUCGCCAGGGGAUUAUGCGGCUGCUGAUGGGAAUGGGGGGAGAGGUGGCGGGAGAGAGGCGCGGGCGGAUGCGGGGCGAUAUGCGGCGAUGAAAGAGGUGGUGAUGGAGGAGUUGAAGGCGCACUUCCGGCCGGAGCUGAUGAACCGCAUCGACGAGGUGGUGGUGUUCCGAGUGCUCGAGAAGGAACAGAUCCGAGUAAUUGCCACCAUGAUGGUCAAGGAGUCAGCUGAUCGUUUGGCCCUGAAAGGAAUCAACCUGGAAGUUUCCGAGGCGCUCAUGGAGCGAAUCUGCGAGGAGGGGUAUGACAGGGCGUACGGGGCGCGCCCGCUGCGACGUGCCGUCACACGAUUGGUCGACGAUCCGAUAAGCGAGGCUGUGCUGGCAGCUGAGGGGAGCAGCAGCAGCGGCCGCAACCGCCACGUCAGCAGCAAUGACCUGUCGGAAUCCCUGCCGUCCGUUCCCUCCGUGCUGCUUCCUGUGAUCGCAGCUCACGCUGCAACAAAUGCCCCCACCCCUGCUGCUGACGCCAGCGCACCCCUCAGUGAUGUCAGCGGGGUCAGGGAGGGUGCGUUUACACCUGGCGACACGGCACUGGUGGAUGUGGGGGGGGAUGGGGAGCCGGUGGUGAUCCGACUGCCUCGCCCUGACGUGUGUGAAAUGGGGCUGUGUCUUCCCUUCCUCAAACUGGCUGUUCCUGCUGCUCCCACCCUCUCCCUCCCUGACUAA